AGGCCCCCCCCCCCAUCAUGAUAACCUCAACCACGCCACUUACCCGCCGUCGACCAUCGGUCGCACAUCAUGGCCGGACAAGUCCCACUUGAAAACCUCAGACGCCGUCGCAGGGUCGUCACCUGCCCGGCAUGCCACCAGACGGCGCGCACGAUGCGCAUCCGCGAACCGUACCGCAACGCAGAGUGACGUAUUCAUAAUGCUUUGGCUCGGCAUCCUGCUGUUUCCCAUCUACGAGCACUUCCGCGGCCCGGGCGGCGCGUGGGUGACGCACUACUGCUCGCGCUGCGGCAUCCGGCUCGUCGUGUACGCCUCCGGACCACGGCGUCACUACAUCCACGCCACGGAGACGACGCUGCUGCAGCAGCCACCUCCCUCGGCAUCAUUCGGUGCAUCAUCAUCAUCAUCCAACGGCAUGCCAAAGCAGCAGCAGCAGCAGCAGCAGCGUCAAGGCCAGGAAAGCAAACGACCCUACAUCACACCCUGUCCAUCGCCCCUAGGCCCACCUAACCCAGUAGACACGUCCUUCAUCACGAACCACACCCGCCGCUACCAACAUCUCCGAAGCACCACCAUCCUUCACAUCGACGUGGAUCCCACCGACGGCCUCCCCAGCGCGAUAUGGAGAAACGCCGCGCGCACGCAGAAGCUGCAUCGCAUCGACCGCCUGAACGGCUACGGCGGCCCCAACGGCGGGGCGUUCCACGCGCGGUUCCUCUGGCCAGGCAAGUUCGAGGCCUCGGAAUGUAUCCCCUUGCGCUGGGCGUUUGGCCGCUCGUGCCUCUCUGUCGUCGACGCCCGCGAUGACCGGUGCGUCGGCGCAGCCCAGCUCGCGCAACAAUCGUGGGACACCGUCAUAUACCUACCACAACAACACAGCAACAGCAGCCCCUCCUCCUCCUCCUCCACCUCAUCACCACCACCACCACCACCACCACCACUACACGCAGCAACGCCGCAUAUCGAGCACCCGCGACUAUUCCAAGCGUACGACUGCAGGGUCGGACAGGACAGGCAAGUCUUCGCCCGGCAAUGCCCGCAGUUUUUCGUCCCCGGCCCACACGGCAGCACCCUGCUCUGGACAGUCCGCCGCAUCGUCUGCACGGCCGCGGCCGCCGACGACGAUGUCGAUGUCGAGGAGGAGGCGGCGCGCCUCCCCCACGGCAGACCAGCGCUGCGCCUCGUCCUGCUGGACGCCUACGACCGUCUCGUGGCCGCAAACGACGGGGCGUGGACCACGAGGAAGACGUCGCCAUCGUCGGAGGCGUCGGCGUCGGGGGGACCGCGGCGCGACGUCUUGCGCGUGUACGCGCCGGCGGACGACCAUGGUGGCCUCGUCGGCGCGGUGGUGACGAGCUACGCGGUGCUCUGCGCGCAGCUGACACGGAGAAUGCAGUGGAACGAUAUCCUCAGGAACGAGGAUUAG